UCCUCUGAUGCCUUCAACUCCCCUGGUUUAUUUGCAUUCUGUCUCCGUGUGUUGAAUAAAGCCCCUCAUGGUUCAUAAUGAGCGAACAAACUUCUUUUUUUGUUCCUGUUUGCUGAGAGAGAAACCGCAGAGAGUCAGUGAUCUCACCUCAGAGGAAGGAGGGAAGUUUAACUGCUGCUGCGACGGACGGAAACAAGUCAGUCUGUGGUACGAUGGGACGGACGCCUCCUCUGCUGCUGCUGCUGCUCUUUCUGACAUCACUGCUGAGCUGCACAACAAACCAAGCCUCUCUGACUGUGAGUCCCAGCAGAUCUCAGAUGUUUAGAGGACAGUCUGUCUCUCUGAGCUGUGAGGAGGACGACAGCUCAGCUGGAUGGACUCUGAGGAGGAACACAACCAGAGAAAACAGAGCUGAGUGUAAAGACUGGGGAAAACCUGCCGAUUCGUCCUGUAUCCUCAGCGCCAUUAUCCCUUUGGACAGUGGAGUUUACUGGUGUGAGUCCAGAGAGGGAGCAACCAGUAACAGCAUCAACAUCACUGUCACUGGUGGACCAGUGAUCCUGCAGAGUCCUGUCCUCCCUGUGAUGGAGGGAGAAGACCUCACUCUGUACUGUAAAACAAAGAAGUCCUCCAACCUCUCAGCUGAUUUCUAUAAAGAUGGCUCCUUCAUCAGGACUGAGCCUGCAGGUCACAUGACCAUCCACCAUGUUUCCAGGUCUGAUGAAGGCCUCUACAAGUGUUACAUCAGCAGUGAUGGAGAGUCUCCACCCAGCUGGGUCUCUGUCACAGGGAAACCCACCAUCCCUCCACCUCCUCCAUCCCCCUCCAGCCCUGGCUCCUCCUCCUCGUCUCCUCUGUCCUCGUCUCCUGCUCUCCUAGCGUCCUUUCUGUCUGUCCCAGUCCUCUGUGGUCUGGUGCUGCUGGUCGUUCUGGUCCUACUGGUGAGACGAUGUGUCCACAGGAAACACUCAACAACAACAACAACAACAGAGACUGAUCCAGCUCCGGUCUACUCAGCAGUGGAAAGAACAGAAGACGUCAGUUAUGAAGCAAACAGGCAGAGAGAGACUGAUCCAGCUCCGGUCUACUCAGCAGUGGAAAGAACAGAAGACGUCAGUUAUGAAGCAAACAGGCAGAGAGAGAGUGAUCGAGCUGCCGUGAGAGGAACUACAGACGUCACUUAUGGACAAAUAGUGAUCAGACCAAACAGGGCGAGAGAGUUUCCAGCUGAGACAGAAGUCGUCUACUCCUUGCUGAAGCCCACCAUCCCUCCUUCACAGCAGUCCAACCAGUGAAGUCUGGUUGUUUGCAUUUCUUUAAACCAAUCACAAUCAUCCUGGGCGACACUGAGCUCCAGACGUAGUGACGGUGGCUCUGCUAAAUAGUCUCCGGAAGGAACUUGUUUUGGUGGAACAUUUGCACCCUGCAAAAUAAAAC